ACUCAAGACCCAUUUGAUUUAAUGAAUGUUUUGUACUUUAGUGUUGGUUUAAACUUUAAAGUCUCUUUCUUUAUGGGAAAUGAGUGAUCUUGAUGUCUGAACCCAUUUGAGAGAUUGGAGAAUCCUUGCUUCUGUUUUGUUUUGGAGUAUUAUUUGCUUGUUUUUUGUUUGAAGUUUUCAUUUUUAACUUCUUUUAAGAAAGCCUAUUUACUGUUUUGUGCUAGUUUUGAUAGUGGAGGUAGAAGGAAUGGUGAAAGUUCGUUUUUCUUCUCCUAGUGGUGAUGUAGGUUUUUUACCAGAAGUGUAAUUGGUUGGAUAGUAAAGAAUCAAGUGAUUUGAUGUAAUGGGCACUUUGUUUUAUUUUUAGUGGAAGUUGAGGAGAAGGCAUAAUUGGUGAAGUGUAUGUAGACAUAUGAGCUUUUGAAGACAGGAAAUCAUCUUGAGAAGCUGAACUUUCUGUAUAUAUUUUUUGGCCUUUCUAAUGUGAGGAGUGGGCUUUGCAUAUUGCCAGGCAUGAGGCAACUUAGCCUUAGUAAAGGUCUUGUGUAUGGAUUCACGCGUUUGUUGUCUACGCCAUUUAAAACCUUGCGUGGAGCAAGUCGAACACUCAGAGUAGCCCAGUUUUGCAGUGUUUCUAACAUGUCAUCCUCAUUGCAAAUUGAAUUGGUGCCAUGUCUUAAGGACAAUUAUGCAUAUCUCUUACAUGACGAGGAUACAGGCACAGUUGGAGUUGUCGAUCCGUCUGAAGCUACACCUGUUAUAGAUGCUUUAAGUCGGAAAAACUGGAACUUAACUUAUAUACUAAAUACUCAUCAUCAUCAUGAUCACACAGGUGGGAAUCAAGAGUUAAAAGCAAGAUAUGGUGCAAAGGUAAUUGGUUCGGGAGUCGACAGGGAUAGGAUUCCUGGCAUUGAUAUAGUUCUGAAUGAUGGGGAUAAGUGGAUGUUUGCAGCCCAUGAGGUGCAAGUAAUGGACACUCCUGGCCACACCCGAGGCCACAUUAAUUUCUACUUUCCUGGUUCUGGGGCUAUUUUUACUGGAGAUACUUUAUUUAGUUUAUCAUGUGGCAAGCUUUUUGAAGGAACACCUGAGCAGAUGCAUUCGUCCCUCAGGAAAAUCGUGUCACUGCCUGAUGAUACAAAUAUAUAUUGUGGUCACGAAUAUACAUUGAGUAAUUCAAAGUUUGCACUGUCCAUAGAACCAAAUAACGAGGCACUCCAGUCGUAUGCAGCCCACAUAGCACAUCUUCGCAGCAAAAGUUUGCCAACAAUUCCAACUAAGCUAAAGGUUGAAAAGGCUUGCAAUCCUUUCCUCCGCACAUCAAGUACAGAAAUCCGGCAGACCUUAAACAUUCCAGCAACAGCAAGUGAUUCAGAAGCCUUAGGCGUCAUCCGCCAAGCAAAGGACAAUUUUUAGAUCACAUACAAGAUUAUCAACUUGUUAUAGUAUAGGUGAUUCAGCUGUGUAUUAUUCUCUGCGGGUUUGGAUAUCUUGAAUUUCCUUUGGAUUCUCACCAAAAGAAAUAGCAAAUCCUGCCUUCUUCUAUUUGGAUUAAAAUGGUUUAAUUCUGUACCA